UAUUUCCAGCUUCACGAGCAUUGGAUGUUGCUACUAAUGAUGAUUGGUUGUCAUCAAAGGUCAUUUCAGCUCAAGAAACCUUCAACARCGAUACACUGACAGCUGUAAUCCAACUAAUUGAGAAUUUACUACAAAGUACAAAGAAUGCAGAUGUUUUUGUGCCAUUCAUUUUAUCCUGCUUCAUUUUGGCUGUUUUAUGGAUGGCAAGGCAUGAAGUUGAUGCWGGCUUAAAUCUUUUGAACAUUAUGGGUGACAGUCUAUCAGAUAURGAAAUCAGCAGCUCAUUAUCUCACCAAGAGACUAUAUUGAUAGACACAUCAUUUAUCAAGCAAGUAUUCCCGCUCUGUCUUCUUCCACUGCCAAGAGAACUUGGAAUCAAGCCUAUUAAAGCAGCAGUUACUUUCCUGUCGUCACUGUGUUACAAGUACUAUAAACAUGAUAUAGCCAAGGCACUUGGGAUACUGGAUGCAACAGGUGGUACUGAAUGCUCAUAUAUAUCGUCUUGUGUAAACUACCUUAAAGGCAUUGGUUCUUCGUUGCAACCAAGACACCAACCCACAGUCUCUACUCCAAGGACACUUUAUACCAUUCGUAGAUAAGAUAAAUGGAAGAACAGUGAAUCUACGUUAUGCAACMUACUGGCUUGGGAAACGAUGUCUUGCACUGGACAGGUUUCAAGAAGCUGCAGAUGCCUUGCUAGAGGUUCUCAAAGAGGCUCGUCGUCCUUGUCAACCACAGGUUGCUUCUCCUUACGCGUUACCUUCGGUAUUACACCUGUACCGUGAUUGUGCAUUUGCGUUACUAAAGUCUGGKAGGGAAAAGGAUUGCGUGACGAUGUGUGAUAAUGCUAUGGAGGAAGCGCAGGACGGGGAAUACGAGAUUGACCUUUGGAAUAGCGAUGAUAUUCCUUCCAAAAAGAGAAUACGAAAUACAAACCAAUCAAGUCAACAAACCAGAAAGUUCCGAUCUUGUUGUCUUGAAAUAUUAUUAUGUAAAGCUGCUGCCUUGUCACAGAUGACCCAAUCACUACAGUCUCUGGAAUGCUUACAGAGGGUUUUUGUUGCUUUAGAGAACUGCAUUUCCUCACUUGGUGAUGAAGAAGAUAGUAACGGUAACAGAGAGCUCAAGCGAAGAAAACUCGAAUCGGACUAUUCAAGAGGUGUUAUCACAGCAGACACACAAACUACGAAAUGUUACAAAAACAAAGAAAUAGAAUUGGAGCGUAAGAAACUGCAUCAAAUUAAGUCACAAGCACAUUUAAUAAGAGCAUCAGUGAUGCUUCAGUUGCUCGAUCAAGAGAAGGAGGGUUUGGAAGAACUGCACCAAAGUUCGCUUUGUGAUCCAGAUAACACAGUUGCCCUCUUCAAAUACUGCACACUGUUAAUGAAAUUGGGUUCAAGAAAUGUCGCAGCUUCUGAUUGGAUGAAAUUUAGGGGACUGGACUUGAGGACUAAAAAACCAUUCCUAGACUUUCAAAACAGGAGUAAUGGGGGCACAGAUGCUUUGUCAUUUUACGAUGUCACACAGAAAGAAUUAAAAUCUAUGGAUGACUUGUGUCUGAAAUACAGCUAAGAAUUCUGUUGAGUUCAAUAAAAAUGAAUGUGUAGACCAA